AUGGCUCUUUUUGUCGGUAGAAUCCCUAGGGAGAUGAACAAUCGUGAUCUCGAAGAUGCCUUCUCAAAGUAUGGCAAAAUCACUCGUCUCGAUGUUAAGAAAGGCUUUGGUUUCGUAGAAUACGAUGAUAAACGUGAUGCUGAAGAUGCCAUCAAGGGUAUUAACGAGAGAGGCGAUCUUGUGGUUGAAUGGGCCAAGAAUGGUGGUAAGAGACCUGGAGAGAAUGAAUGUUUCCAUUGUGGCAAAGAAGGCCAUUGGGCCAGAGAUUGUCUUGAAGGAGGUCGUGAUGGUGGUCGUGGUGGUGGCCGUGGUGGUAUGGCAGGAGGUGGAGGCCGUAAUGGAUUCGGCCGUGAUAGAUCGCCUCGCCGUGAUGGUGGACGUGGAAAUGACCGCGACAGAAGAGAUAGUAGAGGUUAUGAAUCUCGCCGUGAUGACCGUAAUGAGCGUGGUGGCCGUGAUAGAUCUCCUCGUCGUAAUGACUACCGUGAAAGGGGCGAUAGAGUUGACAGAGGUUUCGAUAGACGUGGUGGUGGUGACAGAAGAGACGAUCGCGGAGAUCGUCGUGAAUAUGUGCCCAGAGAAGACCGUCGCCGUGAAGAUGAACGCAUGGCAUCUGAAAGAAAUCAACUCGAGUAA